AUGGCCCAACAGAACGGUUCCUCCAGCAGUGACUUCACUGUCAAGGCCGGCCUUGCGCAGAUGCUGAAGGGUGGCGUGAUUAUGGACGUGGUCAAUGCUGAGCAGGCCCGCAUUGCCGAAGAGGCCGGUGCUGCCGCCGUUAUGGCACUUGAGCGUGUCCCCGCCGAUAUUCGUGUCGAGGGUGGCGUUGCGCGCAUGUCUGAUCCCAGCAUGAUCAAGGAGAUCAUGGAGGCCGUUACCAUUCCCGUCAUGGCCAAGGCCCGUAUCGGCCACUUCGUUGAGUGUCAGAUCCUCGAGUCCAUCGGCGUCGACUACAUCGACGAGUCCGAAGUCCUGACCCCCGCCGACGAUGUCUACCACGUCACCAAGACCCCCUUCAAGGUCCCCUUCGUCUGCGGCUGCCGCAACCUCGGCGAGGCCCUCCGCCGUAUCUCCGAGGGUGCCGCCAUGAUCCGCACCAAGGGCGAGGCUGGCACCGGCGACGUCGUCGAGGCCGUUAAGCACAUGCGCACCGUCAACGCCCAGAUCAGCCGUGCCCGCGGCAUUCUGCAGUCCAGCGCCGACCCCGAGCCCGAGCUGCGCGCAUACGCCCGUGAGCUCGAGGCUCCCUACGAGCUCCUCCGUGAGUGCGCCGAGAAGGGUCGUCUACCCGUCGUUAACUUCGCUGCCGGUGGUGUUGCGACCCCCGCCGAUGCGGCUCUCAUGAUGCAGCUGGGCUGCGACGGUGUCUUCGUUGGCUCCGGUAUCUUCAAGUCCGGUGACCCCAAGAAGCGUGCCCGUGCCAUUGUCCAGGCCACUACUCACUUCAAGGACCCCAAGGUCCUUGCUCAGGUUAGCGAGGGUCUUGGUGAGGCUAUUGUCGGCAUCAAUGUGUCGCAGAUGCCUGCUGGUGACAAGCUGGCUGGUCGCGGUUGGUAA